CACGACAUAAAUAAAACUGUAAAACCCUCUUCUAGUCAGCUACCCGAUCACAUAAACCCUAAUUUCCGCCAUCUCUGCUACAUCCUAUACCUUCAGAGAAGAGAGAGAAAAUGGGCAGUGACAGUGAAACAGAUAAGUCGGCGCUCAAGGAGAAGAAGAAGGUCGUUGCUCUUGCUCCCAUUGCUAAACCUCUUGCCGGUAAAAAGCUCUGCAAACGCACCUACAAACUUAUUCGCAGAGCUGCUGAACAUAAAUGUUUGAAGAGAGGUGUGAAAGAAGUUGUUAAGAGUAUCAGACGCGGUCAUAAAGGAGUUUGUGUGAUUGCUGGAAACAUAUCCCCUAUUGAUGUAAUCACUCAUGUUCCAAUCUUAUGCGAAGAAGCAGAGAUUCCUUACGUAUAUGUUCCUUCUAAAGAAGAUCUUGCCAGCGCAGGGGCCACUAAACGACCCACCUGCUGUGUGUUGGUGCUUAACAAACCAACAAAGGGGGAGCUAAGCCAGGAGGACGUAGAAAAAUUGAAGUCAGAGUCUGAGCAAGUUUCAUCAGAGAUUCGCGAAUUGACAGCAUCCAUGUUUUAGAAAGUGUCUUUGCUUGAAAGGAGGGGGGGACAUACUCAAAUAUGAUCUGAGAAAUGCCUAUUGUUUUUGUACCCUUUUUCUGAUGUAGGAAUCUAGUCUAUGUGUGAUGACUCUUGUAUCUUACAUUAUAAGAUUAUGUUAGCUCUUUUUAUGCUCUUCUCCA